CACCCAAAGUAUCACGUUUUUUCCAUGCUACCUACUUUCUCAGCCCUUAUUCCAAAACUCACACUGACACGUGGCACUCACAGGCUCGUCCGUAUUCCUACUUCUCCUUCUUCUCUUCUCCCUCUGCUCUCUCCCGUGUCCACCCGCUGAUGCUAUGGAUGCUCUCUUUCAAGUCCAAACCUCGGCACCAUCAACCAUGGCGAAGCGCCCGUGCCCAUCCCAAAACCCUAGGAUACCGACCUUUACUCAGAUGGACCUUCUUCUCGAUGCCUUUUUGGGCCUUUCCGACUCUCCUUCCAUCUGUAUCGACUUCUCAUUCGAGAGGCUUCUCGACUCCUUGCCAUCUGACUUGGAUCAGUCUCGCCUCAUCGAUCGCGCCCUUAAAAUGGGCAACUUCUUGCUCGAGGCUAGCAAACGCUCUGCUCGGAAACGAGCUACCAAGCAUAACUCAGUCGUUUGGGCUCUUCCUCCUGACCUCACCAUCAAAGUUUUCUCCAUGCUUGACGCACAGAGUCUUUGCUAUGCAACAGCUACUUGUUCAAUGUUUCACAAGUGUGCAAUGGAUCCUUCCUGCUAUGCCAACAUUGACUUAACAACAGUUUCUCCAAGAGUUAAUAAUACAGUGGUUUCUACAAUGAUUCAUCGAGCUGGAAACUCUCUUCAAUCUCUUAAACUUGGUAUAGUUCCUGGCCCAACUGCAUCCCUAGGAUCUUGCCAACCGUUGGUUUACAAUGUUACUAGUUUUUCAUGGAAUGACAAAAGAUCCAGACAAGGGAAGGAGUCAUCAGUUCUCACAAGAUCCUGCUUAAGCCCUUUGGGUGGGGCCAGUACUCCUGGGAUGCUCUUGAGAACGUUGCAUCUUUACAAUAUUGAAAGAAUGGAUAAUCCAUCACUACGUGCUGCAUUAUCUGCUUGCCCGUCUCUCCUUGAUCUGGAAAUUGUGGGCCUUCAUGUGGAGUUGAGACAGACAUUGACAUCUGUGAUUGAAAACUGUCAAUUUAUAGAGCGUUUGUUCUUUGAAUCCUCAAAAACAGGCAGAGAUGAUAGCUUGAAAUCACCGACAUGUGUUGAUCUAGUUCAAAAGUGUCCUCGUUUAGUGUCUUUAGCCCUUAGAGGAUUUAAACUCCAUGAUUAUAAAGUUCGCAUUCUUCUUAAGGGACUUCGGAAGCUAAAAUAUGUUGACUUUUCAACGUCUUACUCAAUUACUGGAAGCUUUCUUAGAAACCUUGGCAACAGUAUAGGUGGUAAUUUAUUGGAGGUCUUAAUUUUAAGAGAUUGUAUGCAUCUCAAAGAGGUGGAAGUUGCUCGUUUCAUGACAUCAUUACUUGCUGGAGAUUUCAAGUUUCUUCGACAUCUUGAUAUAUCCAAUAGGGAAGGAUUGGCAUCUGAGGGUGAUUGGUACGAGAGAUGCUACAAUUCAAGGAUCAUUCCAAUUGAGCAAGUAAUGAAGGAAAGGCCUGAUGUAUGCUUGCUGGCUGAUUUUCCAUCAGAAGGGAGCUACUUCGAAAUUGAACAGAUGCUGGAAAGCGAAAUAAACAGUGAUAUUAGCCUGCAGUCACAGCUGAGCAAUCAAACAUCUGAUUCGAUGUUUAUAAGUUCUUCAGAAAGCAGCUAUAAUAGUGAUCAAGGUAGUGGCAAUGAGGAUGGCCGAGAUGCCAGCUAUGUAAUAUUUGAGGAGAGCUCAGACGAGGUGGAUUUUCUUGCCCUGUAGGAGGAGAAGUCUUAAGCAAGCGCUGGUAGUUGCAGCAACCAAAUGAAUUCGGGAGGAGCCUUCACGCAUUACAAUCUGUGAUUGGUGCUUGGAUUUUUACUGAGAUUGGAAAAUUUUGAACCAUUAGCCUGGUUGACUUGACAUCCCCAUUUAUUUACUGAGAUACAACCAAAAGCUAUAUCCAGCAGUUCAAAUUGUGGCAUUGCUCUCCUUUCUUGUAUCCUUUGGUGGUUUAAUGAAAGAGCAAAUCAAAUCUUGUAAUUCUUCCUCAGCCAAGCUUCGGCAGAAUGUGUUUGUCGUCAUUAAUAUGUUUGCUCGCGGUAAUUGUGACCUCUCGGGACAAUCGAUGACUACAUCAAAGAUGCACUUGCUAGUACUACUACAUCCCCCGUAAUUCUUCCUCAGCUAGGCUUCAGCAGAAUGUACAAGUAUUAGUAGAAUAGCAAAAAUAUGUUUGUCGUCAUUAAUAUAUUUGCUCGCAGUAAUUGUGACCUCUCGAGACAAUCGAUGAUUGCAUCAAAGAUGCACUUGCUAGUACUACUACAUCUGAGAAUUCUUAAUUGGCUAGUUGUAAAUAGAUCCAUGGAACAAAGGAUUAUCUCGGACCUACACCGAGGUAUUGACGGUGUGUGUGUGUGUGUGUAUAUAUAUAUAUAUAUAUAGUUGCAUUUACAGGUUUAA